CGAAGCCCCUCCUAAAUAUUGCACCCACAUGCGUCUACCGGUGGCUGCCAGCACAGCUCCACUACAGCCGAGCUCGCAGGUCUCUGGAAACAUCCGUGCCCCCUAGGUCGAUAAACUUCCGGUUUUGAAGUGGCGCAUUGCGUACUCAUCGUGCCUGUCAUAUUUAUGAAAGCGCGCUUCGAUCGAUGUAGUUUGGUGACCGGCUCAGAUUGCGAGAAUCACGACGAUCCUGAGCCGGAGUGGCGGAGGGCGGGUUCAAUUCGGCACUAGUCGCGGGAAUUCUUGAUUUUCGACGAGUAGCGAAGCUGGUUUCAGUAGAUCGGAAGUGCGGCGAGAGUUUGACUUGUGAGGACCAAUGUGGAUAUGAAGUGAUCGUUCACACUUUUGGAGAAUUCUGACGCCAGAGCUUGGUUGAGAAACAUGAGUGCAGAGGUUUCAAGGGGCAGAAUGCAGUCAGGAUCAUGUCGAAAUUUUAUGAAAUCUUGCAGAUUUGAGGAAGCUUGAUACGCAAGCAUUGAGAGUGUGAAUCUGAGGUUUAGGUGGUGGAUCUGAGAUUGAGGCACUAGAUAUGGCUUCCUCUUCUGCUGGUUCACAGGAGACGUCUUCGGCCACGUCGACCCCGAUGAGGUCUCCACUCUCAAGUUUCAUGAGGUCGCCCAUGUCGUCGAGUUCGAUGAUGCCGUCUCCUGUCUCGUCACGGUUGACUGUGGAAUUUGAGACUGCGUUCAUGAUGGAGGCGGAGGACCCCAUUCGGUUUACUGGUACAGACAUCCUCCCCUACCUCUCGCAAUCAACUUCUCGCUCCACGAGUACAGACUUCGACUCUCAGCGUGACGAGUCGGGAUCAGGUUCAACCUCCUUUUGUGAUCUAAAUGACUCCAAUCGCAUCACCCUUGCAAGCCUCAUCGGACUCCCUAUGGCCGAGUCUUUUAGAAAUUUUGGAGAGUCUCUGCGCUUCAUUGCGCGUGCAGACAGCCACUACGACAGCGGGAGCAACCGGACGAUGGACCUCCCGCCGCGUCGUUCCAGGUCGUGUAGUUUGUUUUCUGAGCUGUUCCGCUGCUUGCAGCGAAGCAAGACGGCUUGUGUCAGCAGCGCUCCGGUGGCAAGAAACUUAACAAAUUUGACCUCGUUCACUAUCACGGAGGUAUCCGAAGAGGAGGAACAGGACUCCGAAAGCGACACUGGUCCAACAAUUUUCGAGAAUUCUGUGUUCGUGGAUCGGGACACAUUGGGAAGUCGCAUCUACGAAUUCAAUCCUCUGUAUAUUUCGGACACAAUGUCCGAGGUGGAUCCGUCAGAAUCCAGGAAUUUGAGCCUCUCUAAGGAAAAGCAACUUUUGGGCGGCGAGGAAAGCUCCGGGUCAAGCACGUAACCUGAUAUCCAACCCACGUCACCAAUUCGGACCGUCCUCACCAACAUUUGUUGCAGGCUGGGAGACGAGUGCCCAAGAGAUUAAUGCCUUUCAUGUUCGUUUUUUUGGUUGGAUUAAGCCGGACUCUCACGGAUCCAACCUGUAUCAUACAAACUUCUUGAAGGGCACCAACAUUUUGGUCUGCGAAGCGGAAUGCUUGUGACCAGGCUACGAGGGAUGAAGUGACAUCUAAUCUUCAGAUCUUUAGUUGAGCUCAGCUGCGAGUUUUUUUAUGGAAAAGAAAAGAAAAAAAAACAAAACAAAACAAAACAAAAAAGUUUACUAGAAACCGAUAGGUCUAGAGUGUCAAGAGAUUUAACCAAGAUUUGAUUGCGCUGCCUUGAGUUGGGCUUAGUUAAAAUUACUUGAGACACCCUUGAGUCGUUCUUAUGAUUCAAACGAUUGAUCAUACCCCAAAUUGUAUCUUGUUUACGAUCGAAUUCAACAACACGCUCCUUCCACACA